GCCCUGCCUUUCCUCCCUCCCUCCUUUUUUCCCCUCCCUCCCUCCUUUCCUCCCUCCUCUCUGCUUUCUCUCUCCGUCAGGAUCGCCUUGGACGAUGCCCUCGCUCGCAGCCAUCGCCCAUUAGAGACCCCCCCAAGUUCGGGGGAGCAGGAGGGGACCCCUUGAGAUCCCCCCCACCCAAAGAGAAACCCCAAAAGAAAGGGGGAAAGGAGACAGAAGGGAAGAAGGAAGAGACCCAAGAAGAAUAAGAAAGAGACAACAAAGAUAAAUCCUUGCAACAUUGUGUUGUGUUUGGCUGAGCUGCUCCCGACAAUUCCCCGACAAUUCCCCGACAAUUCCCCGACAAUUCGAAGCUGUCACUUGGAUGCAACGUUUGGAGUGAAGCAGAGCAAAAAAAGACGCAGAGAGAAGGAAAGGAAGGAAUUAAGGAGAGAUUGUCUGCCAGGGAAGAAGAGAGAAGAAGGCAAGAAGGGGAGAUUGGUUUUCUUUGGUGCACCAGCAUCUCCCUGGCUUUGGUCCAUCGGUGGUCUUCUCCUUCUCCCUGGCUGUGAUUGGAGCUCGCCCUGCCUUUGGAGCAAGGAAAGAAGGGAAGGAAAGGGGGUCUUUUGUAUUCUUGUUGUUGUUUUAUAGGGGGGGGAUUCGCCCUUUUUGUGUGUGUGCCCACCACCAUGGGAUGUACCCUCAGCGCGGAGGAGAGAGCCGCCUUGGAAAGGAGCAAAGCGAUCGAGAAGAACCUCAAGGAAGAUGGCAUCACCGCCGCCAAGGAUGUCAAGCUCCUCUUGCUGGGAGCUGGUGAAUCGGGGAAAAGCACCAUUGUCAAGCAAAUGAAGAUCAUCCACGAAGAUGGCUUCUCCGGAGAAGACGUGAAACAAUACAAGCCCGUGGUCUAUAGCAACACCAUCCAGUCGCUGGCUGCCAUCGUUCGCGCCAUGGACACGCUGGGCAUUGAAUACGGCGACAAGGAGCGGCGGGCCGAUGCGAAGAUGGUCUGCGACGUGGUCAGUCGGAUGGAGGACACGGAGCCCUUCUCCCCAGAGCUCCUUGGGGCCAUGAUGAGACUCUGGGCGGAUUCCGGCCUCCAGGAAUGCUUCAACCGGUCCCGAGAAUAUCAGCUCAAUGACUCUGCUCAAUACUACCUAGACAGCUUAGAUAGAAUUGGAGGUGCGGACUACCAGCCAACAGAGCAAGACAUCCUUCGAACCAGGGUCAAAACAACCGGAAUCGUAGAAACCCAUUUCACAUUCAAAAACCUCCACUUCAGGCUCUUUGAUGUCGGGGGCCAGAGGUCAGAACGCAAGAAAUGGAUCCACUGUUUCGAGGACGUCACAGCAAUCAUUUUCUGUGUCGCGCUGAGUGGAUACGACCAGGUGCUCCAUGAAGACGAGACCACGAACCGCAUGCACGAAUCACUGAAACUCUUUGAUAGUAUCUGUAACAACAAGUGGUUCACGGAUACGUCCAUCAUCCUCUUCCUCAACAAGAAGGACAUCUUUGAGGAGAAGAUCAAGAAAUCCCCGUUAAUGAUCUGCUUUCCAGAUUACAUAGGUCCCAACUCUUUCGCCGAAGCCGUGACUUACAUCCAGUCCCAGUACGAGAGCAAGAAUAAGUCGACCAACAAGGAGAUCUACACGCACAUCACGUGCGCCACCGACACCAACAACAUUCAGUUUGUCUUUGACGCUGUAACCGAUGUCAUCAUUGCCAACAAUUUGCGCGGAUGUGGACUGUAUUAAAAAAAACACCCUUCUGUCCUCUUUCUUUCCUUCUUUCCUUCCUUCUUUCUUUCUCUGUCUCUUUCUUCUUCUGGGAAGCAAUCGAUGGUCACGAUUCAUUUCUCCGCCACGCACUCCCAGUUUCACUUUACCCCCAAUUGACGCCAAAAUCCUACAGCCAUAUUUUGGAUGGAUUGCAACACAUUCAGUAUUAAUGCGGGUGAAAAUCACUUGGGAAG